UGCAGCGGGGAAGAAGGUGACCGUGGAGGCCCACGCCCACCUGAGUCUCUCAGCGACAAGCUGCCACUCCCGCCGGCCGACCUCAACCUGUACGGCGCGGCCGUCGCGCUGCGCCUGCUCCUCCUCGCCGCCUUCUUCCGGUACCGCGUCGCGCACCCGGCGCGCGGCGCGCCCUGGCUCUGGCUGGCCGCGCUCGCCUGCGAGCUGUGCCUCGCCCUCGCGUGGCUCCUCGCCCAGCUCCCGAAGCUGUCCCCGACCAGCCGCGAGACGCACCUCGACAGGCUGGCUUCGAGGUACGACAAGGACGCGCGGCUGGGCAGCGUGGACGUGCUCGUGACGGCGGCGGGCGCGGGGGCGGAGCCGCCGCUGGCGGCCGCGAACACGGUCCUGUCGGUGCUCGCGGCGGACUACCCGGCGCGGAGGCUGGCCUGCUACGUGUCCGACGACGGCGCGGACUUGCUGCUGUUCGAGGCGCUGUUCGACGCCGCGGGCUUCGCGCGGCGGUGGGUGCCGUUCUGCCGCCGCCACGCCGUGGAGCCGAGGGCCCCCGAGCUCUACUUCGCCCGCGGCGUCGACUACCUCAGGGACAAGGCCGCGCCGUCGUUCGUCAAGGAACGCCGCGCCAUGAAGAGGGCGUACGAGGAGUUGAAGGUCAGGAUGAACUGCCUCGCCGCGAAGGCGCGGAAGGUGCCGGAGGACGGGUGGGUCAUGUCGGACGGCACGCCGUGGCCUGGGAACAACACGAGAGACCAUCCUGCAAUGAUACAGGUUCUUCUGGGGCAUCCCGGCGAUCAGGACGCCGAGGGGAACGAGCUGCCUCGGCUGCUGUACGUGUCGCGGGAGAAGAAGCCGGGGUUCCAGCAUCACACGAAAGCCGGCGCCCUCAACGCCCUGCUCCGGGUGUCCGCUCUGCUGACGAACGGCUCCUACGUGCUCAACCUGGACCACGACCACUGCGUAGCCAACAGCGGCGUCCUGAGGGAGGCAAUGUGCUUCCUCAUGGACCCCGAGUCCGGGAACAGGACGUGCUACGUCCAGUUCCCGCUGAGGAUGGGCGUCAACGACGACGGUGGCGAGACGCGCGCGACUCGCGACUCUGUCUUCUUCGACAUCGGCAUGAAGUGCCUGGACGGCAUCCAGGGCCCGGUGUACGUCGGCUCCGGCUGCUGCAUCAACAGGAAGGCGCUGUACGGGUUCGAUCCCGCGUCCACUGAAGACGACGACGGGGAGGCGCCGGUGCAGCGGAGCAGCCGAGCAGGAAGGAGGCGGAGGUUGCGUUCCUACCGCGCCGCGUUGGAGCGGCACUUCGGCAACUCACCGGCGUUCAUCGCGUCCGCGUUCGCGAGCCAAGAGCGCGGCGGCGACACGUCCGCGGCCGCAGACGCUUCUUGUCUCCUCAGGGAGGCGAUCCACGUCGUCAGCUGCGCGUACGAAGCGCGGACGAGGUGGGGCAAAGACGUCGGCUGGAUGUACGGUUCUGGCGGCGGCGGCGGCGUGGUCACGGGGUUUAGGAUGCACGCGCGCGGGUGGUCGUCAGCGUACUGCGCGCCGGCGCGGACCGCGUUCCGGAGCUUCGCGCGUGCCAGCCCCGCUGACGUCCUGGCCUCGGCGUCGAAGCGAGCGGUCGCGGCCAUGGGCGUCCUGCUGAGCCGACACUGCCCUGUCUGGGCCGGUGCUGGCGGGAGCCUGCGGUUCAUGCAGAGGCUGGGCUACGUGAGCUGCGUCGCCUACCCGCUGGCGUCCAUCCCGCUCACCGUCUACUGCGCGCUCCCGGCGGCCUGCCUCCUCACCGGCAAGUCCAUCUUCCCGGACGACAUGGGCUUCUACGACGCGGUCGUGGUCAUCUUGCUCCUGUCCUCGGUGGUGGCCACGGUCGCGCUGGAGCUUCGGUGGAGCGGCGUGACGCUGCGCGCGUGGUGGCGGGACCAGAAGCUCUGGGCUGUCACUGGCACGUCGGCGUGCCUUGCGGCCGUGUUCCAGGGCAUCCUCCGCUCGUGCGCCGGGAUCGACGUUUGUUUCUCUUCCACCUACACGGAGACGGCGGCGACCAGGACGUCGUCGUCGACCUCGGAUGACGACAGUGGCGCCGCCGGCGAGGAGCCCUCCGACGCGCAGAAGUCCGUGCUGCGGUGGUCGAACCUGCUGAUCCCACCGGCGAGUCUGCUGCUGGGAAACCUCGCCGGCGUCGUGGUGGCCGUGUCGUACGGGGUGGACCACGGGUACCGGUCGUGGGGACCGGUCCUCGUGAAGCUGGCUCUCGCCUUGUGGGUGGUGGCGCACCUGCAGGGCUUCUUCAGGGGUCUCCUUGCGCGGCGGGACAGGGCACCCACCAUCGCCGUGCUAUGGUCGGUGCUCUUCGUGUCCGUGCUCUCGCUGCUCUGGGUCAACGUCGACUCCUACUCAGCGCCGCCGGCGCAGUCCACGUUGCAGCAGCCGGUCUUGUGA